AUGAUGGAGGGGAGUGGGAAGGUGAGGAACACAGGUUGGUAUGAAGAGAGGGGAAGGAGGGUGGUGGUGAGGUGGAGGAGAAUAGGGGUGGGAAGGGGGUGGGUGGUGAAAGAAGGUAAUAGGUUGGAUUGUUGGGGUGUGUUUGUGGGUUGGUGUUGGUUUUUUGGGGUGUUUGUUUGUUGUUUUGUGUGGUUGGUGGGGGUGUUGGGUUUUGUUGUGGGGGGGUUGGGGUGUUUUGGUUGGUUGUGGGUUGGGUGGGUUUUUGGGGGGGUUUGGUGGGGGGUGGUUGUGGGGGGGUGGGGGUUUUGGUUGUGGGUGGGGGGGUGGUUUGGGGGGGGGUGGUGGGUUGGUGUGGUGGGGUGGGUGGGGGUGGGGUGGUUUGUGGUUUUGGUGGGGGGUGGGGGGUGGUGGGUGUGGGGGGGGGUGGUUGGGGGGUUUUGGUGUGGGGGGGGGUGGGUGGGGGGGGGGUGUUGUGUGGGGUGGGGUGGGUGGGGUGGGGGGUGGGGUUGGUUGGGUGUUGGGGGGGGGGGGGGGGGGGGGGGGGGGGUGGGGGGUGGGGUUUUGUUGGGGUGUGUGUGUUUGUGUGUUUGUGGGUGUUGUUGUGGGGUUUGUGGGUGGUGUUGGGGGUGGGUGUUUGGGGUGGGGUGGUUGGGGUGUGGGUUGUUGGGUGGGUUUGUUUUGUUGGGUGUUGGUGGUGGUGGUUUGUGUUUUUGUGGGUUAGGGUGUGUGGGAUUGUUUGAGGUGGGGUGGGGGGGGGGGUUUGUGUGUUGGUGGGUGGUUGUGUUGUGGGUGGUCUGUGUGUGGUGUUGUGUUGGUGUGGGUGUUGUUUGGUUGGGUUGGGUGGGGGGGGGAGGUGGUUUGGGGUUGUGUGGUGGGUUGUGGUUGGGGUGGGGAGUUUAG